GUUGAGUUUACUUUCCUAGAUGUUGAGAUUUGAAAUUUCGAUUUAGUGCGCGGCAUCAAAAUUCGUGCGUUAUAGUAAUAUGGUACACAUGACAGGUUGGCCGAAAGGUUCGGCCGAAAAGUUUCUCCAUUCUACACCCGUUGCGAAAACAAUAACGUUAUAUCCUUUGAAAAGUUACAGUUUUGGCACCAAAGAACCCAAUUAUGAACGAGAUCGGAGUGUUCCUGCUCGAUUUCAACGGUUACAGGAAGAUUUUGAGAAGUAUGGUAUGCGUCGAUCAGUUGAAGGAAUCUUACUUGUACAUGAGCACAACCUACCUCAUGUCCUCUUACUUCAACUCGGUACGUUUUUCAAACUCCCUGGAGGUGAACUGCAUCCAGGUGAAGAAGAAAUUGAAGGUCUAAAGCGAUUAUUAUCUGAGAUGUUAGGCCGGACGGAUGGUAUCCCAGUUGACUGGAUUCCAGAAGACUGUAUCGGUAAUUGGUGGCGACCGAAUUUUGAACCACCUCGCUAUCCAUAUAUUCCUGCUCAUGUGACUAAACCUAAAGAACAAACACGUUUAUUUCUAAUUCAACUUCCUGAGAAAACAUUGUUUGCUGUACCAUCAAACUAUAAAUUAGUAGCAGCUCCGUUAUUCGAACUUUUUGACAAUGCUCGAGCCUAUGGUCCAAUUAUUUCUUCUUUACCUCAAGUAUUAAGUCGCUUCAACUUUGCAUACAACGAUUGAGUUCACACGUAAAUGUUUGCAAUGAAUAUCUCUACGAUUUUAUAUUCAGUCAACCAAUCAAGUGAUUGAUCUCACCGUCAAUCUAAAACUUUUUUCAUUUUUAAUAUAUACAUACAAUAUACUACUCGUACAUUGUUACUUUGUUCAAGUCGUAAAAAGAUAUUGUUUGAUGCAUUUUUUUUUCUUACGUCCACUCACAUGUCUUUGUUGUUUGUGUAAAUAUAUUGUCUCGGAUAAAAUUGUACAUAUGACAAAUAAUAUAUCAUCAAUAGUAA